GGGAUGCCCCAGAUAUAUUUUAGUAUUUAUCAUUUGGUUGUUGGUACUUGGUGUACGUUUGCGUUUUAAGUUAAGCAAUGAAUUGAUAAGGUUGACGUAAGCCAGUGGUUUUUAUAGAAAUAAUGUAUUAAAAUUUAAAGUAUUAGUUAUUAUGUACUAAUUUACCUUAGUGAAACAAUAUGUCUGACACGGUACCACCAAAAACUGUUAAGAUACGUACCUUGCCUGUUCUUAUUAAAAAAAAUGCUAUAACGUCUUGUGAUGAAUUAAAAUCGAACUAUAAUUUAUUGUUUCGGUGUGUUAAAAAUGCAAACCAGCAGUUGUACAAGGAAGACAUCAUAUAUAAAACAAGUGAACGAGAUGUAUUUAACGGGAAAUACCCUAACUUAAUAAUUACCAAUCGACUUAAUAUAUUAAAAAACAGCAGUCGAACUGUUGCUACCUACACAGGUGAAGAUUCUACCACCGUUGAGUUGAGCUCGGACGCCGUGACGAGUCUCAUUGGGCAAAACAACUAUGAUAUAGUUUUUAGUGCUUUGUGCUCAGUUAUAAGUCAGGAUUUAAAAGUAAAAGGGAUCCUAUCAUUAUUAAGCUUAGAUACUCACGUCAGUACUAAGACUGGGCGUGCUGACCAGUCUACUCAGACGUAUCAAUCAAGUCGAGAAAUACUUAUGCGUGAGAAACAACGGAAAUCUAUCAAAAAGAAACCGGUACGAUCUUACAUCGUACAAGAUGACAUGUUACCAGAGAAACUGACGAAGAAAAUUGUAAUUCAUCCGAAAAACCUCAUUGAACCAGAUCAAAUCAAAACAGAGAAAGUAGGCAAGUCCGAGGAACAGUCAGUUGAAGAAGAAAAUUUUAUUAAUAAUAAUAGUACAGAAGAAGUUAAAAGUAAUCUAUUGCCAGAUAUAAGACUUCUGCUUGACGAAGACAGCAACAUUUCUGAAAUAAGCAGUGGUAAUGUAUCAAUAGGCAGUUACAACAUACCAGACAUAUUAGAAAACCCAAAAUCCCUGUUGAUGAAUAUAGAUAAACAUACAAAAGAAACUGUUCCUGAAUACACGACAAUUGUUACAAUGGAUGGUUCAUUAGUAAAAAUAAAAGGUAAUCCUGAUAUAUUUCACUUGGCCACGCCGGAGGUUUUAGCACAUUUGGAGCCGAGUGAUCGAAAGAAAAUUGUUUUGCACCAAGGUUACAUUGAUUGGAAGUACUGCCUGCAUGAAGACAACAAUCAGAAUCUCCCGAUCCACUGGGCCGUGCUCAGAAACGAUGUGCAGUUACUGAAACGACAGUGCCUGGUGUUGAAAAGUCGACAUGAAUCAGUUGACGUCCCAUCCGGGAGUAACAUGACGGCGCUGCAGAUGGCGCUGUUCCAGGACAGCGCGGAGUGCGUGAGCGAGCUGCUGCGGCACGGCGCCGACCCGCUGGCGGCCGACGGGGACGCGCGCGCCGCCGCGCACCGCGCCGCCGCCGCCGCGCCCGCCGCGCUCGCCGCGCUGCUGCGGGCCGCCGCGCGCCGCGCCCGGGACGUCCUGCAGCAGCACGGCGACCUGUGGAGGCCGCAGUUCGAGAGGAAGACCGACGAGGAGUUAGCUGACCAUCUGUUGUACAAGAUGUGCGUGAUGUGCGACGACCAGGGGUACACCCCGCUGAUGUUGGCCAGCAAGGAAGGGAAGAGCGAAAACGUUAAGCUGUUGAUAGAAGCGGCUCCGAGUACCAUCAACAUGAGGAUGCCCAACUGUGGGAACACCGCUUUGUACUUAGCGGUGACCGCCGCCUGUCUGGAUUGUUACAGUCGCGGGAACAAGACAGAAGUGUCGCCGAACUUCUACUCUACCAUAGACGCACUGGUGGAGGGGGGCGCCGACCCCACCAUCGACAACGACUCGGGCAGCAACGUCAACCUGUUGCUCACCGAGUUCUCCAUCGGCAAGCUGUCCAUGUUGAUCGCCAACAAGCUCACGUCCUCCAAGUACUUCGACGGGAACGAAACGAAGGAUUUCAACUCGUAUAUGCUGGUCAAGGACUCGGAGGGUAAGGUCAACCUGCAGGAACUGAAGUCACCCAAGGCGGCGCCCCCGGAGUCGAAGGAAAAGGUGCCUGCGCACAUCGUAACGCUCGACGCCAAUAACGAGCCGCAGCCGCUGAUCGAGACGGCGAGAAGAGGAACGAACGAACAGACGAACACGGUGGUCGUCAAACCGAAGAAAAAGAUAAAGAAGCGGAAACCGGUCAUUCUGCAGAAUAUACCGGUCGUGACGCAGUUCGUGUCGCUCGCGCAGCAACGGAACCGGCCGCUGAUACUGAAGAAGUUCAACAAACCGAAGGCGGACGCGGCCGAACCCCCCAAGGUCAUAACGCUGGCGCAAAACUUUAUACCGUUACAGGCGACAGUUCCGAUGAAGUUCGUUAAAAUCUUGCCCAAAGUCGUGCAGCCCCCCCCGGCCCCGCUCGCCGCCACCCCUCCGCCGCCCACCGGCGUCAUCAAGCGAGCUAAAUCUGAUUUAAACAGGAGCCCUAAAAAAAUUAAACUCUAACAGCGAACUAAAUCGAUAACCAUACUUACGACGCGAUUAAUUUUGCUUACGAGGCGUUCACGAGCGACCGUCGGCUGCUCGCUCGGCUUCUACGUUCGCGGCAUCGUGAC